GCUGCGGGAGCGAGCAUCGGCAGGGAGCGUAUAGCCUGUCAGAGCCGCCGAGAUGCACGCGAUGAACGACCCGAGCGCUGCGCUCGCCGGCAUGCUGCCCUUCGACUCCAUCGGACUCUACGAGCAGCCCAAGCCGCGCUUCAUCUUCAAGAUGCCGCGCGUCGUUCCGGACCAGAAGGCGAAGUUCGAGGCGGAUGAGCUGUUCAGGAGACUCAGUCGAGAGAGCGAGGUGCGAUAUACUGGCUACCGGGACCGACCACUGGAAGAGAGGCAGGCCCGCUUCCACAACGGCUGUCGUGAGGGGCACACGGAAAUCGCGUUCGUGGCGACGGGCACCAACAUCCAGCUGGUGUUCAACCCCAGCACCAACGGCUACAGCACGGCGGACCCGGGCCGCGAGUGCGACUUCGACAAGGAGCACGGCAAGGUGCACCUGCGUUCGCACUUCAUCAUGAACGGCGUGUGCGUGAGGUGGCGAGGAUGGAUCGACCUGGAGCGCCUCGACGGCGUCGGCUGCCUCGAGUACGACGAGGAGAGAGCGCAGCUGGAGGAUUCGAUGCUGCGUGACCAGAUCGAGCGCUACAACCAGCGGCUGCGGGACUUCGAGGAGAAGCAGAGGGCGUACCGCCAGCACCAGGAGCGGCCCGCCGACCCCGACCUCGAGCUGCGGAUGGGCGGCGGUUUGGGCGGCCACCACCAGGUGUCGGGGCGGUGCCACGGCGGCGCGGGCGGCGGCCCGCAGCGCGUCGGCGUCGGCGUCGGGCUCUCCCUGCAAGUAGGCCUGCCCGUGUCCCCGCCGUAGGCGACACGCGCCAGCCAGCGCGCCGCAUGGGAACGCUCGAGCCGCACCACCCACCCUCACUGGAGCGGGCAAAUCCUGCCCCGUCUUUGUGUAAAAAGCCAAACAAACACCACACUCCGCCGUUCGUUUCUGGAGAUACAUUAUUUAAUUUUUCCACGUGUGGAGCCGUGGUGUAACGCACUGCAGAGGUUACUAUGUGUGCAGCCUGAAACUAAUUUACUGCUUUUGCAGUUCACUGGCAUACUUGGAGAGAAAGUCAUUUAGUCACCAGCAUCGCAACGUGGCACGUGUCAAAAAACCAUGAACGUUUACAGGAAGAAGAUAUUUAAACGUCUACCUGUAAAUCUGCGGGAAGAACAAUAAUUUCCUGCCACACUUGUGUCACUUCAGUUUUUUAGUUAUUUCCGCAAGAGUCUGGUAUCCACUGUAUGAAUAGGUUCGUUAGUUGUGUAGUUAUUACAUUCAAAUAACAAAAGAUGAAUUCUGCCUUUUGCGCAUGUGGGAAUGUAGCAGUCAGUGCUAAAAAUAACUCUGCAAACCCUUUAACCUGCCUGUGCAGCAAUGUGCAGUGUGAGGACUAAAGUAUUUCAGAAUUUCCCUUCCAGCUAGACCCUCUCACUGCAGACGGAAGCAGAGGGUGGCGCAAAAUAUGUGUUAGAAAGUAGAAAGUAUUUGCCUACUGUGGUGUAACUGUAGGCCUGUGCCAUAAAUAAUUCUCCUUGUGAUAUGGUUGUACUGUAGCUCUGAAAAUUCUGUAGGUCUCUCACCGGUGUCUCAAUUCACAUUUCAGAAUGGAAGCACUAACAGUGGAACCACGUUUGUUGAUCGUAAAGACAUUUGAAGCAAAUUUUGAAUGUGUCGCUGUGGUGAGACGCGUAUUCAACAGCACAUUGUUCUAAGAACUGCACCAUCCAGGAUGACCACUUCUCAACGACGUUACGGUACAGAAUUGAGGUCAAAUCGUGAUGAUAAAACUUAAGCAUCCUCUGAUACAGAUUCUGUGUAAUGUUUUCCCUGUUUUUUAACAGGCUGAUAAACUGUUUUGAAAAGACAAUACCUCCGGGGAGGCUCAGUCAGAACGACGAGCCUCAGUUGUAGCCCUGCAGAAUGUGGAACGAGUGCAGAACAUAAUUCAAUGAGCAGCUGACUACAUCAAUACGAUAUGCACAACAGCAACUCAGGAUGUCACGACGAUCUCUCCAGAGAAUAAUGGAAGAGAAAUUUUGCCUCAAAAUUUUACGGGCCAACCUCUAAGGGCACGGAUGUGGAGCGGAGGUACUCUUUCGGAAAUGAGAUGACUGAGGCAUUUAAAAAUGAAACUGUUGAUACGAAUCAGAUCUGGUUUAGUGAUGAGACACUUGCACCUCCAUGGGUACGUCUGAACUGGCGCCACUGGGCUACUGAGAAUCGAUACGUUGAAGCUGCUGCUCCAUUCCAUCGACAAAAAGUCGCUGUUUGGUGCGCAAUCAGUACGCGAGGCAUUGUUAUUCCUAUUUUUACUGACGCUUCUCUCACAGCAGACAAUUACAGACAUGUUACUAGAACAUGAAUUUGUGCCGGUUGCACGGUGUGGCUGAAUGCUCCGAAACUACUGGUUCAUGCAGGACGGCGCACGUCUCUAAGGAGACAUUCAGUGAUUAGAUCAUUGCACUAGACACAGUAGCAUUCACUGGGGAUGGUGUGGGAUGGCCCCCUUAUAGACCCCAUCUCAACCCGUGAGAUUAUUUCUAAUGGUUUAUCUGAAGGACAGAGUCUUCAAAGAUCCAUUCGAACCGUCCAGGAUUUUGAUACUACAAUUAUCAGAGACAGUCAUUGAGUGUAAAAUAAUGUUAUUCAAAACUUCGCCUAGGAAUCUAGUUCAACACUCUAAACACUCAUUGCUGCAGAAGAAAAGCACUUUGAAAACCUUCUGUGUUAAAUUUCAGGUUGUCUGCUAUGGCAUAGAUAUGAUAAUAAGAACGUAUCACCACAUGUUAUGUUGUAGUCCACAAAAACUUUCUAUCGCCUAUUUUGCGCCACCCUGUAUGAAAUCUUUCGUUGCUGGAAAUUUGUAUUAGAUAUUACCCUUUAAGUUAGACAGAAUGACAAAUUAUCGUACACUUUACAACCGUAGAGUAUAUUCAAAUGUAAAAAUGUCCGCCUUAUAGGCCUACUUGUCAAACACUUUUGCAUGGGACUGACAGCCACUACACCUCAGACACUCGGUCGAAGAUGUUAUUCCUGCUACUAAUUGUCUGACAGAGUAACCUUAGAGUAAAUUAAAAUCGCUGUGGAUGGAAACGGAAGUUUGUAACUGUCACCUGACCUGGAUAUCGACGUUUGCUUCCAGAUAUGUCAUCUUCUCCACCUCUGAUUCAGGCACUAUACGUAAUAUCACCUAACGUAGACCCUUACACUAUUGAUCAACGGUUACUCAUAUCGAAACGCUGUUUGAAAGCAGUGAGUGCAAGCAGCUGAAUAUUUGUAACAUUUUACGUACUGAAAUAUUAAACCGUGCUUUCAUGUUAUGUAUGAGCUUUUCAAUAGCCUUAGAGUGAUUGGAACGAAGAAUACAGCGAUAUAGCGUUUCUUAGUGUUUAUUUUGAAAUAUUUCGCAAAAAAUAGCCGGAAAAUGUUGUAAAUGGGACUGUCAAAACUGCAAUUUCGCCUCCCUUAAACAUGAAUGGCAUUUGCACAGAUACCAUGGCACUCGUAUUAGAGUAUCUCGUUCAUAUUUUUGCAAAACGUAUUUUUGUAAUCAUCAGCUAGCGUUAUAUUACUGUACUGCUCUUUCGUAAGGCUCGCGACUGCCAUUUAUAAAAGUGCAUCGUUCCAUAAAAAUGAAUGAUUACUUUAGCACGUCAGUUGUUUGAAAUGCUAGAAAAAUUACGGCACAGAACAAUACUCGCAACUUUCAAUGCUUUCACUUGCCACCGUUUAUUAUCUCGAACCAUUUGCUGAAAAUUAGGAGCAUGACAACAGUCGAUAAAGCUCCUAUUAAAUUUCUGUUCGUUGUUACUUGUGUUGUCAAUUUAAGCUUCAGUAAUUUAUCGGAGUUGUAACUGAGCGACGCGCCAAGUCGCUCUCCACAAUGUUUGCAAUUCUUGAGGAAAGUAAUACUCCAUCUUUGACUAUUUUCGAUAGUUCGCCUGUGGCUACAACUAGUUUGUCCUGUUACUGGAAUUUUUAUUAUUUUGCUUCUUUCGCGUAGUAAUUCAAAAAAUGUUUGCACAAUAGCUGAAAUUUAGGCCCCACUAACCGCCGAACAUUGUGCCUUCAUCGUGCCAGUGCCAAUUACUAUUAACGGGCGGGGGAAUUACUUCACUAGCUACCUCAUGUUCUUCAAAAAAGCAGAACAGUUUCAUGGCUGGAACUUACCCGUCCCCGGCUUGCCAACACUGCGAUUUCCAGCCUUAUAUAUCUCAAGAGAUCUUAGUCUUCUGGCAUAAAUAAUGAGUCCGUGAAUGAGCGAAUGCCAGAUAUUUCUUCGCUACUCUUUAUAAAGGGUUUGUCUGUCACGGAAAAAAAAUCGCAAGUGGCGUGCGCUGUUCCCGUACGGCGGUAGGCUGCCCCCUGCGUACUUACACAGCGGGUAAUCCGCGAGCAUAUGUCCAAGAUGGAGAUUUAGGCGGAGGGCUCGGACUGGCAGCCUUCUCGCGUAGCGGCUGGCGUGACGCAUUGGCAAACAGCGGGAUCAGCCGUGAUCCGGCCUGGGAGCGAGAGCAGCCGACGCCCAAAUCCGGGCGCAAACAGCGCUUUGCUGUUCCGUGUCCUCUGAACGAGGGCGCUAUGUCGCGAAAAUUAAGCUUCGCCACGAGCACGGACUUACAAACCGCUGAUGCACUUUUUGAGUGAUUCAGCACGCAGAGGCAAUUCAGCAACUCCCCUAAACGUUCGUGUCGACACUUAAAUUCUUCAGAAGCCCCUCUAAUAGGACUCUUUCUUCCAUUGCUGUUGAUCACCAACCAAAAGCCGUUGCACAUAAUCGCUUGUUUACUUCUGUGAUAAAUUCCACGUGCGUCGUUAUCGGCCAGGCCUGCACAAUUGCCGGCCUCGGUGGUCUAGCGGUUCUAGGCGCGCAGUCCGGAACCGCGCGACUGCUACGGUCGCAGGUUCGAAUCCUGCCUCGGGCAUGGAUGUGUGUGAUGUCCUUAGGUUAGUUAGGUUUAAGUAGUUCUAAGUCCUAGGGGACUGAUGACCACAGUAGUUAAGUCCCAUAGUGCUCAGAGCCAUUUGAACCUGCACAAUUAUAAAUUAUGCGCACUUCCCAAAUCAAACAAAUUCUACCUACAACAAAAUUCCAGCAGCAAAUGAUCUCCUGCUUUCUUAAUGCGCAGCCCCGUAGAAGUCCUACAUUCUUUGCUUAAUGUCAGCAAAAUCAUUAUAUUAUUUGCUCCACGAAAUGUUUGACGUUGAAGUAUGUGAGAGAAUCCCUUCAACUGUCCUAUUAUGUUCGACCACUGUCUUGUAUAUAUUUUGCAUUUCUUUUACAGAUGAAACAUUACAGCACUGUUUCGUAUUUCUAGCCUUGAAUUUGUCACUUCAAUGACGUUCGUAAAGUACCUUAUAUUUUAAAUGUAAUACGAUUAGCACAAUACUAGAAUUAAAAUGGCACAGUUCUUCCAGUUUCAAGUGACUCACAACUAACGAACUAAGAAGACACUGUCAUUUCUUUGCAUAGAUUUCUCAGUAUAUAUUGUAAACCAAAUAGACUUUGCAAAUUUACAUUUAUGGCAAUUAACAAUCAAAGAAUAUUUGUUAUUACCUUAAGACAGGAAUUUUCCAGUGUCUUCUUGACAAACGUUCAUGCAUGAAGUCAUAAUCUCGAAACGACACUUCCAUCAAACGCACAUAUAAUCCACAUAAUGUCAUCACGAUUGUGUAAGAAUUACUUUUUUUCCUUCAAAUCAACAUGCUCGAUCUUUCCCAUGCUGUGUAGCAAUUUCUUCGUAAUUUGAUAUGUGUUUUCAUCCAAAAAAGUUCUUUGCAUGCUUUGUUGCAAUGCAUCGAGUUCUUAACAUUCGUAAGUACUGGAAACAUUUACCACGGUACGUAGCUGUAAACGAGAGCAUCCGUUUAAUAUCGAAUCUUUGUAAAUUUAGUCGUGUAUAUUUGGAAAGUUAUAUGUAUUGUAUAUUCUCCUGACGCUUAUAAUUGUUUUGAUUGCUAUUGUAUUAUUUGACGAGUUGUAUGAUUUUAUGAAUUGUGUAUAAAUAAAUAUUUUCGUAAAAUUA